GAUACUGGCCGUCGGAGCAGCCACUACCGCUGACACCGCGCCGCCGCGCAGUCGCCAUGACCAAAACUAAGGACUCCGUGGACCUGGACUCCAUCCUGGCCGAGCUGGGCCAGUUCGGACGCUACCAGAUCCAGAACUACUGCUUCAUCCUGCUUCCGAUCAUGUUCAGUGCUGUGUACAAUGGACAGUACAUCUUUGCGGCCGCCAACAUGGAUUACAGAUGUAAGGUGCCCGAGUGCGAGGCGUUCCCGCCCCAGCUGUCUACCAACGGCUGGGGCGUGUGGGCGCUGCCCGAGGGCGGCGGCCGCUGCGAGCGACUCAAGCCCCUCGGGGAAUCCUGCAGCCCCGACUCCUUCCACGUCAACCAGACCGUCGCCUGCAACGCCUGGGUGUACGAGAGCACGAAUACCAUCGUUGGCGAGUUUGAUAUGGCGUGCCAAGAAUGGCGGCGGACCUUGGUAGGCACGAUCCACAGCGUAGGCCUCUUCGCCGCUCUGCCCCUCACAGCCUACGUUUCUGACACCUGGGGUCGUCGCACAGCGUUCGUGCUCACCGCAGUGUCGGCGGGCGUGAUGGGGCUGAUCCGUUCGUUCUCGACCAACUACAUCACGUACCUGGUCUUCGAGUUCCUCGACCCUAUGCUGGGGUCUGGGGUCUACAGCAGUGGCUUUAUUCUUGCUCUUGAAAUGGUUGGUCUCAACAGGCGAGUUCUCGGAGGAAACAUCAUCUCAUGUUCCUUCGCUCUCGGUCAAGUAUCCCUAGCGCUGGUCGCUUGGGGCAUCCCCUACUGGCGGACCCUCACAAGGGUUCUUUAUGCACCUUCUCUACUCUUUAUAUUCUACUUCUUCGUCAUCGAGGAGAGUGUAAGAUGGCUACUCAGCAAAGGUAAUAAGAAAGAAGCUGCCCGAAUAAUUUUCAAAGCAGCCAAAAUUAAUAAUAAAAAGUUAUCACCUGAAUCUAUAAAACAGUUAACGGAAGAGCCUCAGCAGGAGGAUUCUAAGCCGACUCACACAGAAAUACACCCAAUCGCACCCGAGAAGAAAGAAAGGUCUCUAACGAUGCAAGUGUUGAGAUCUAGAAUCAUGUUGUCUCGGAUAUUCAUUUGCUCGUUCUGGUGGAUCACCGUGACGUUCAUCUACUACGGGCUGUCCAUCAACUCGGUGUCGCUGGCCGGCAACAUGUACGUGAACUACAUCCUCACGUGCCUGGUGGAGAUCCCGGGCUACUGCAUCAGCGUCAUCACGCUGGACCGCUUCGGUCGGAAGGGCUCCAUCAUGACAGCGUUCUUCAUUUGCGGGAUUUCACUCGUCUCACUGCCGUUUGUGCCAGCCGGUCUAGCCUGGCUGCUGACGUCGCUGAACAUGCUGGGCAAGCUGUGCAUCAGCAUGGCCUUCAGCAGCAUCUACAUCUACACGUCGGAGCUGUUCCCCACGGCCGCGCGCCACCGCCUGCUGGGGCUGUGCUCCAUGGUCGGCAGGGUGGGCUCGAUCGUUGCGCCGCAAACGCCACUGCUGAUGACCUACAUGGAAUCCCUGCCGUACCUGAUCUUCGGCAUCAUGGCGGGCACGUCGGGCGUGCUGAUGCUGUUCACGCCGGAGACGCUGCGCAUGCGCCUGCCCGACACCGUGCGCCAGGCCGAGGACAUCGCCGCCGCGCCGCGCACCAAGCGCCCGACUGACGUCAUCGUAGACUGAGCUACACCGCCCCAUGUCUGCCGGGCUCAGAACUAAACAGUAUCGCGGUCAACUGAGCUAUACCUGUUAAUGACUGCCGGGCUCAGAACUAAACAGUGUCGCGGUUGACUGAGUUAUACCUGUCCACGUCAGUGGUCUCAGAACAAAAUAGUGUCGCGGUCGACUGAGCUAUACCUGUCCAUGUUUGCAGGGCUUAGAACUAAACAGUGUCGCGGUGGACUGAGCUAUACCUGUCCACGUCUGCUAGUCUCAGAACUAAACAGUGUCGCGGUCGACUGAGUUAUACCUGUCCUUGUUUGCCGAGCUCAGAACUAAACAGUGUCGCGGUCGACUGAGUUAUACCUGUCCACGUCUGCUAGUCUCAGAACUAAACAGUGUCGCGGUAGACUGAGCUAUACCUGCCUAUGUCUGCCGGUCUCAGAACUGAGCUAUACCAGUCCUUGUUUGCCGGGCUCAGAACUAAACAGUGCAGCAGUCGACUGAGAUAUACCAGACCAAGUGUCCAUGUCUGCCGGUUUCAGACCUAAACAGUGCUGCAGUCGACUGAGAUAUCCAAGUGUUCAUGUCUGCCAGUUUCAGAACUAAACAGUGUCAUGGUUGACUGAGCUGCUUUCUACAUCCAUUCCACUCAGUAUCAAACUAUGUUAAUGAUCCCUGUCCAUUGCCAAUGAAUUCCAGUUUCAUGCGUUUCGUGUCUAAAAAACCCAGUGAAUUGCAUUUUUACAUUGAAGUUCAGCUGUCAAUGCUGGAGUUCUGUAUUAUGAAACGACACUUAAGAUUAGAUUCAAGAUUGAUUGAGAGAUCUAUUAUAAUCUCGAUCAUUUACACUCCUGAAUCAAUGAUGGAAUAAUUAACAUUUCCUAUAUUCUACCCUGGUUAUAAAUUUAAUUUUUAGUGUCGUUUCAUUAUGAAAUGAAUGUUCUACAUAAUUCAAAUAAGUUCGCGUUAAUGGAAACAUACUCUUUAUAGAGGAUAGAGUAAGCAACAAAGUUUAUUUUUGAUUAUAAAUAAAAAUAACUAUAACUUUUAAUUUAUUAUAGGUAUAGGCUUUGUAAAUUAUAAUGAGCUUUUUAAUGACCUACGUACGAAUGCUGCUGGAAAAUUUGUCUAGUAUUUAAACACAUACGUAACCGAGUAUUACUUUUACUUAUAGAAACAAUAAAAGUUAACUUAGCUUUGCAGUAGAGUUAGUGAAUUUAUGUACCAUUAUUUUAAUAGCGUAUGGAUUAUUUAUAAUCAUUGUUAUAGAUAAUAAUAUGCGAAUUGUGUACUGAGUAAAUAAUGCAACUAUGUAAAAAUAAAAUAAUUUAAGUAUACAGGGUUAUGAGUAGUUAUGUACUCUCUUGAUAAAAUUAUAGUCCCAUGAUUUUUAUUCACUCAUGAAUUUUUUGAUGCCCGGUACCUGCUGUUUAAUUAUUUCUGUGGAAUUUUAAGUACAUCUUAUUAUUAUUGAUCGACACUUCAAAGGAUUACAUAAUUUAAUGUAUGUUACAAAUAAUUAUAAUUAGGUAUGUGCAAUGUGCAUUGUGAUGUCCUUUUAAGAAAUAUUUAAACCGAGUUAUCUUAGACUUUUCUUUUAUUAUAUUAAUAAUUUUUAACCAAAGGUAUUUAAGAUAUAAUUUAUGUGAUAUAAUUAGUUUAUAAAUAUCAUCUAUGUCAUCAUCAUCAUCAUCAACAGCCCGCUUUACAGUCCACUGCUGGACUAUGAGCCUCCUCCACUAAAGUGGAGGGAUUUGCCAUAACCUCCACGCUUGGCAGGCGGGUUGGAGAUCGCAGUUUAAAAGAUUGAUGUUUUUCAGAGAGCGCUGCUGCCCGUUCUCUGUUUGAUGUGUAGUCCCUAAGUCGCCUCUUACGACACCCGCGGGAAGAGUAUGGGUUGGUGACAAAUGUAUUCUACUCUGCCGUCACCACACGGCAAUCAUCUAUGUAUUUUUAUAUUUUUACCACAUCUUGUAACUAUAUUGAUUUCGUUUCUUAACAAAAUAGCUUGAAUGGAUCAGUACAAUUGAAAUAAUAGGGUUUUAAAUUAAAACAUAACACACAUUUUGUGUUACUGAUACUAAGAAUGUAUUACUUGUGUAUUUAGCCGUAAUUUGAGGCACAUAAUUUCCAAUUGCGCUAUAAAAUCGUACAUAUCAUACCUAUAUAAUUGAGGUCAAGUGCUUCAAAAUACGCUAUAAGCGAUGUCAGAUGACUAUCUGAACCUAAUUAGACAGCUCCAUUUUUUUGCUUAAAAUACUAUUUCCAUAUUUUAAUUAUCUCUAGGAAGUUUGAAAAUCCUUUUUAUUUAUGAGUGAACGGAAAAAUAUGCAUGAUACGGAUACGUAUGCCAAAGACUGAACGCAGAAUGAGUUUAUAAUAAUUAAAAUGUUAGAUAUUUAUAAUGUAAUAAUUUUAUAAUAAUGCAAAAUAUAAGAAUCUUAUUUCUUUA